AUGCUGGCGCUUCUCACGACGUUAGCCGUCUUGGCCGUUGGACUUCCCUGGAGCCAUGCUACUAGCUACGACCCAUUGAAGCCGCCGUCGUAUCCCCUGGCCGUGCGAAGCCCCUACUUGUCCGCGUGGAUCCCGGGGAAUGAUGUCGCAUCACUACCUUCAAGCCAGGCCCAGUUUUGGGCCGGCAAUAACCUGGGCUGGUCAGUGUUUGCGCGCGUCAACGGCGACGUGUAUAGUCUGUUCGGCGUGCCUGAUGCCCCGGACGGCGUCAAGGCCGCGACUGUCACCGAGGCCACCUACACGUCCACCCAUUCCAUCUUCACGGUCGAGGCGGGCGCGCGAACGUUGACACUCGAUUUCUUUUCGCCCGUGUCGCCCAAGAAUUACCUCCGCCAAUCGCUGCCGUUCUCGUACCUGACGGUGACGGUCAAGGAGGGCAUCUCGUCCGCGGUGCAGAUCUACUCGGACAUUGACAGUACUUGGACGGGGCAGCCGGACCAAAGCAGUUGGAGCUUCUCUGCCAAAGACGACGCCCAGGUGUUCCAGAUUAGCGCCGAGGGCACGGCCACUUUCUCGCAAAACGCAGACAGCCAGGCCUUGUGGGGCAGUGCCGUCUACGCCUCCCGCCCCUGGGCCGGCAGUUCGCUCUCCACCGCCUCGGGCCCGGCAUCCGCGGUACGCGGCCGCUUUGUGUCCCACAGUACAUUGACAAACACCCAUGCCGAUUGGACGGCGGACGGCGUGGUAGCUUUUGUGCACGACUUACACACCUUCUCCGGGACGCGUACGGUGACUUUCGCUGUCGGCCACGCUCGUGACGAAGCGAUCGACUACUUAGGUACCACCCAAACUGGGUACUAUCGCAGGGAAUUCUCGGACACGGUCGAAGCAGCAGCACACUUCCUGGAUGACUAUGUACUAGCCCAGCUGGAGUCGAUUGGGUUCGACAAGCUGAUCUCCAACACGGGCGACGCUGCCUAUGGCUCCAACUACUCGGACAUCUUGGCGCUGUCGGUGCGCCAGGUCUACGGAGGCAUUGAAUUGACCAUCCCGUACGACUCACUGGAUACCUCCGAAACCCGCGCCUUUAUUAAGGAGAUCUCCAGCGAUGGCAACAUUAAUACCGUCGACGUCAUCUACGCAGCCUUCCCCAUUUUCUACGUUCUUAGCCCGGACUACAUUAAGCUGCUUCUGUCCCCCAUAUUCGACUAUAUGGGUAGUGGUGCAUACGAUGAGCAGUAUGCUGUGCACGAUCUCGGUGAAAACUAUCCCAAUGCCACGGGCCAUUUGGCGAGCGGCGAGGCCAUGCCCAUCGAGGAGAGCGGAAACGUGAUCAUCCUCAGCUACGCAUACCAGAAAGCGACCGGCAAAACCGAUCUGGCCACCACCUACGCUGCUCAACUGGAGAAGUACGCCACAUACCUGAAUGCGAACGGCCUCUACCCUGCCGCACAGCUGUCCCUCAACGAUGCACUGGGCGCCCUCGCCAACCAGACCAAUUUGGGCAUCAAGGCCGCCAUCGGCUUGGCCUCGUACGGUGCUCUGACGCAUCAACAGAAGUACAUUGCCACCGGCAAGGACUGGGCCGACAAGAUCUGGACGGACCACCUCGGCACAGAUGACCAGGGAACUCACUUCCUGCUCCAGUACGGCACCCCGCCGUGGUUCCUCGCCUUCAACCACUACGCAGACGUCCUCUUUGACCUCGACGUCUUCCCCAAGGAGGCGUACAAUGCCACCGGGGAGUUCUACCCAACUGUGCGCGCCGCGGCCGGCGUUGCUCUGGAUGGAACCGUGGGCUGGGGCCAGACCAACUGGCAGAGCUUUGUGGCCGCUACGGUGGGCGGCGAUACGCGCGAGAUGUUUAUCAGCGACCUGCACAGCUACAUCUCCAACGGACUCAACAGUGCCCCCUUUUCUGACCGCUACUGGGUGCAAACCAGUGGCUCAAACGCACCAGGCGAGGCGUACGCGUUCCGUGCUCGACCUACCCUCGGCAGCCACUUUGCGCUGGCUGCGCUCCGGGGCGCCAAUACCUGGCUUUGA